AUGUCCCAUCAAGCAAUAUCACGCUUGUUUGUGUAUGGCACUUUGAGACCAGACGACACUAGUGGGGCAACAUGGACUAAAACUUUCAACAAUCCACACGAUUAUCAAGUACAUGCUCAAUUUGCAUAUAUUGAAAAGGCCCAAUUGUUCUUUCAUAUGUAUCCCAUUGCAAUCCUAAACGACAAUCCUAAUGAUCGAAUCUAUGGUUAUAUCAUAUCAGUGAGUGAACCCGAAGGCGAAAAUUUUGAAAAGUUAUUGAAAUUUGCUGACGAAAUAGAGGAAUAUCCAGAAGAAUAUGAUCGAGCCAUUGUUCAAGCCUAUCCAAUUUCAAAAACCGAGUAUGAUGAAUUACAAAGAGAUGCCUCUGUGCAACCUCAAAUACAGCCUCAAUCACCUCCCACUCCUUGUUUCGUUUAUCAUAGAACUUUGCAAAAUAUUGCUCUUAGAGAGAACAACCCAGUGCUUGAACGAAUUCCAUCGGGAGAUUGGCUGAGAAAAUAA